GACUUUAUUUACUUCAAAUUUCAUUGUCAAUUUUGUUAAUGUGACCAACCUUAAGCUUGAACUAUGUAACAAAAGAGGCUUUUAUUCUGAAGGAGGACUUGCAGCUGUGAACGUAAACAGCUCGGUAACGUAAGAACUGAAGGUCUGAGCCAUGUCAGCGGUCUCAGCCCUCCUGAACCGGCGUGUGGCCAGAGGCUGCGGUAGGUUGUGGUCCGGUGUUCCUCGGCCGCUGACCCACAUCAGAUCAGCCAGUGUAGCCGAGGCAGGCACAAGGAGAUCUGACGAGGAACAACUGUGGGAGGCAGCAGGCCACCCGCUGUUCACCAGAGCCAGGAUAGGAUCGUUCUUUCAGGAAAAGGCGGUGCUGAAGAACCCGUUUCUAGAGGAUACUUUGCUCCGAGGAUACCUGAGGAGACAUCUGCCCCAGGAGGUGGUUUUCUCAGACUUGUGUGCGUUUGGAGAGCGAGUUGCUAAAGAAGUGGACGGUUGGGGCAGAGAGUGUGAGGUCAACCCUCCACGGCUGGUGCACUUUGAUCCGUGGGGUCGCAGAGUGGACCACAUAGUGACCUCUGAGGCCUGGAGACGCAUGAAAGACCUCUCAGCACAAGAGGGACUGGUGGCCAUUGGCUAUGAGAGAUCAUUUGGGGAGUGGAGUCGUGUUUACCAGAUGAGCAAGUUGUACAUUUACUGUCCUUCGUCUGGGCUCUACACCUGUCCUCUGGCCAUGACUGACGGAGCCGCAAAGGUCAUCCAGUCCAUAGGUGUUUCGUGGCCAGUGGAAGAAGCCUACAGUCGUUUGACCACCCGUCAGCCGGAACUUUUCUGGACGUCUGGACAGUGGAUGACUGAGAGACAAGGAGGAUCUGAUGUGGCCAGCGGCACCGAGACAGUGGCUGUUCCCCAAACUGAUGGUUCAUACAAACUACACGGCUUCAAGUGGUUCACUUCUGCUACAGACGCAGACAUGACUCUCACACUGGCCAGAGUGCAGGACAGAACAGGAGCAACCACACCGGGUAGCAAAGGUUUGUCUCUGUUUUAUGCAGAGGUAAGUCGAGAUGAUGAUGGCCGACUGAGAGGUAUAGAGGUACAGAGACUGAAGGACAAGCUGGGAACUCGACAGAUGCCGACUGCUGAGUUGCUGCUGGACGGUCUGCCAGCACACAGGCUGUCAGACGAAGGGCGAGGAGUGGCCUCCAUAGCUAACAUGCUAACUAUUACCAGGAUCCACAACAGUGUCUCUGCAGCAUCCACAAUGAGAAGGGUGCUCCAGUUAGCUCGUGACUACGCCACUCGCCGCACUGCCUUUGGAAAGCUUCUUAAAGACCACCCACUGCACAUGCAGACUCUGGCCAGGAUGGAGGUGGAGACUCGUGGAGCCUUUCUGCUGGUGAUGGAUGUGUGUCGUCUGUUGGGCCGAGAGGAAAGUGGCAUAGCAACACAGCUUGAUACACACCUCCUACGUCUGCUCACCCCUGUGGUCAAACUGUACACUGGGAAACAGGCUGUGGCUGUGGUGUCGGAGGGCUUGGAGAGCUUUGGAGGACAAGGCUACAUCGAGGACACUGGUUUGCCGGGGCUGCUUCGUGAUGCACAGGUUUUGAGUAUAUGGGAAGGCACAACAAACGUUCUGUCUCUGGACGUGCUGCGCUGUGUGGCUCGUAGCUCAGGAAUGGUUCUUCACGCUUACUUCACCCAUGUCAAGUCCCUGCUUGCAGGUGCUUCAAGUGUUUCCUCACUGGCACCAGCUGUGAAAGCAGUCGACGGUUCUCUCUCUGAACUGGAGGAGUUUGUUCAGGUAGCGGCUUCUAGAGGACAGAGUUACUUGGAGCUAGCAGCCAGAGACCUGGCAUACAGCCUGGCUCGCAUCUACACAGGAGCCCUUCUCAUUGAUCAUGCAUGUUGGAAAGGAGCUUCUCCAUCUGACAGCUACGCAGCUCUCAGGUGGUGUGAGCAGGACUUGUGUCCUGUGGCAGCUAAACAGAAGAGAGGCUGCUAUGACUCCAGAACUCCACCGCUUGAUGCUGCAUUGGUCUAUGAUCAGCCCAUAGAAGGCUAAAUGAUUAUUGAAUACGGAUCAGUUUAUAAUUUCAUCUGUUUUUGCUGAGCCCCAGUUUAACACGGUGCCACAUAGACUUACUGUCUCCAUUUAAAAUCAAAAUCCAGUCCUGAAUAAGCACAUGAAUGGAACUGAGAAUGUAAUCUAGUUCUGUCUGUAUGUAGCAUUCAUGCUAUUUAGUAUUUUUUUUAUAGUUACUUAUGUAUAUACAGUGUCUACAUUCUUUUCCACAAUAAAUGUACAGCUACAGAUUGUUUUUCCAGUGUACAGAUGAUUCUGGAGGACUGAAUGCUUUAAAAAUGAAUAAAUAUAACAAGGCUUUUCACUGUCA